AUGCUCACUCCCAGGGUGGACAGAACCCUACUGGUGCUCGCAGCCAUGAUGCUCCUGGUCCAGCACUCCGUCGCCGACUGCGAGUGCGGCUACUCAGCCGCAGUCAGCAACAACUCCUCCACCUCCACCUCCCCAGACACGCAGCAGCAGCACGAAGAGGAGACGUUCGUCUUCACGGACCUCAUAGAGGCCAACUUUGCCAACCUAAGCGACGUGUCCAAGGACACGGACUGGGUGCGGCAGGAGUUCAACCGCAGCGCGACGCAGGCGCGUGGGACGUACGGGCAGAUGUUUGCCGUAGACAACAUUGAGACGCGGGACGGGCAUGGCGGUGAUGGUGAUGGCGAAGGCCUGCAGAUUGUGGUCAGAAGCGAUGUGGUUGAGGGAAUGUUGAGCGGUGGCGAGAUCGAUGCAGCAAGGGUGGACAUCUCAUGUGGUUCUUUUAGGAGCAGCUUGAGGCUUACCGAUGCUGCUGGGACGGUUUCGGCCUUUUUCUGGUACUUCAACGACACCCAAGAGAUCGACAUGGAAUUCCUUUCCAAAGACUUCCACACGGACAACUCAAGCUACCCCGUCCACCUGGUCCUCCAGUCCCAAGAAUCGGCCAACGCGGGCUUCGACGCGUCAGGAACUCCAGGCCACGCGGUAGCCAACCUCCCGUUUGACCCUCGUGCAGACUUCCACGAGUAUCGGUUCGACUUCGUGCCAGGCCGUGUCGUCUUCUACGCCGACGGCACUGUUCUGGCGGUCCUGGACGACCCGGCCUCCGUCCCGUCCCCCUUGUCCGCAGGACACGUCGCGCUGAGCCACUGGAGCAACGGGAACCCCCUAUGGUCAGGUGGGCCGCCGGCCAAGGACGCUGCGAUGGAGGUGCGGUACGUCAAGGCUUACUUCAACAGCACGGAUGAAAAGAGGCGAGAUAACGCGGCGGGGAGGUGCGUGGAUCCUGCCGCGGAGGGGGCCGUCUGUCUCAUCCCAGCUGUCACGGCGGGUGAUCAUAGUGCGGCUGGCUUCUUCUUCACGGGGCAGAAGAACAUGAGUGGUGAUCAGAUUGUGGCUGAUGACAAUGGCGUGAGUGGCGGAGAUGAAGAUUGGGGUGUUGGCCUGGCGGGACUACGGUCAACUCUGUGGAUGUGGGUUGGCUUGCCUCUCUUGGUGGCUGUCUGCCUCUGAUCCAAACCGCUUGUCAUUUUUGGAAGGGUGGGAUAUCAUACGAUCGUGGUUGGUUCAGCCAGGCUCUCUUCUGAUCAUAAGUUUGUUGUGAUAUUCGAGAGAGGGGAGAACUGGGAAUCAGUAUUUAGAAGCCAGCACUUGAGCUAGGUUAGUUCCCUAGGGUCUGAGGCAAUUUGCACCUUCAAAGCCGUGGCUUCACUAUCAGACAAGAUUUUGUGGUGCCAGAGGAAGUGGUGCAUGAGCCGGUCACUGCCUCACCUCAGCAGUCAUUUAUUCG